AUGAGCAGCUUUCUUGAUCAUGUGCCAGAUCCGCCGCCCAACGCAGUAGAGCCGACGCUCACGUUGUUAUCCACCGAGUUGUUUGACAAACUUGAUGGUGUUUCCAGAUCAAACUUGGGAAAAGCGCGAACCGUGACGGAAAGAAAAGCCGAGAUUAUUACUGAUUUUGUCAAGACGUUCAGAUUGCACAUUGGAAAUGACAUGUCCCCUGCAGCUCAUUUGAUCUUUCCCGAAAAAUCCGGCAAAGUGUACUUUGUCAAAGAAGUGACUUUGGCGCGGCUCAUCAUUAGCAUGUACCGAAUACCAAAAAAUUCAGAAGACUACAAUUUGCUUUACCAUUGGAAUAAGCAGUACCAGAAGUCCAAGAGAUAUGCUGUCGACGAGCGCAAGAUUCGAGACUUGCCGCUCCAGGCCGCAAGAGUCAUCGCCAAGAGAAGAGACUUUACUGAUAAAUUCAAAGAAUACACCGUUGCUCAAGUGAACAAGUUGUUGGACGACUUGAGCGCGGCCAAGCUGGCGCAGGAACAGAAACUUUUACUCAAACCGGUGUUAAAUACUUUGAGAAUCGAGGAAAUCAGGUGGCUCAUCCAGUUUAUACUCAAAAAAUCAAUCCUCACCUUUAUGGAGGAGUAUUUUUUCAACUGCUGGCAUGCACAAGGGUUCCGAGUCUAUAGCAUUUGCAACAAUUUACAGCUUGCCUUCAACUUGCUAGCUGACCCGCAAAGGGAGUUUACGAGAGAAGAAUUGGGCCUCCACCCGGGUUUCAAAUUUAAGCCCCAGUUGGCAGAACGAUUGACCAUCAAAUACGAAGCCAUGGUUAAAAAAAUGCAAAAAUUAAAGCCUAUGGAAAAGGCGUAUGAAGCCAAAUUGAAGGAAAUGGGCUUAGAGGACAAGUUUUAUAUCGAAGAGAAGAUGGACGGCGAUAGGAUGCUAUUGCACAAAGACGGCAAUAACCAAUUCAAAUUCUUUUCACGACGACUCAAGGAUUAUUCGUUUUUAUACGGCGAGUCCUUCCAAUUUGGCUCUUUGACGAAAUAUUUGAGCAAUGCGUUUGCAGCAAAUGUCAACUCAGUCAUCCUUGAUGGUGAAAUGGUUGCCUAUGACUACAAGAGGCAAGCCAUCUUGCCGUUUGGAACUUUGAAAUCGCUGGCGAUGCAAGAGAGUGUCCGACAAUUCACGACAAUUGACCAGUAUGAGCAACAAACGAGUUACCCUUACUACAUUGUUUUUGACAUUUUGUAUCUCAAUGGCAAGGACCUCACUAAUUAUCCGCUCUUUUUCCGCAAGGAUAUUCUCAGCAGAAUAAUCAACCCAGUCCGGCACAGGUUCGAGGUGCUAGAUGCUAGACUCGGCUCAGAUACAGGCGACAUUGAACGGGCACUUCGAGAAGUAAUCACAUCCAGGAGCGAGGGGUUACUUCUCAAGCAUACCCAGCUGAAAUAUGGCAUUGGGCUUCGCAAUAGGGACUGGGUCAAGGUGAAACCAGAGUAUCUUGAAAGAUUUGGCGAGAAUUUGGACUUGGUGGUGAUUGGCAAGAACCCUGGUGUCAAGAACUCCUACAUGGUGAGUUUAAAGAAUGCAGAAAAUGGCGCCUAUUACAGCUUGGCGAUGGUGGCCAAUGGGUUCGAGACUGAAGAGUAUGAUAAAAUUGAGCGCUUGACGCACGGCAAGUGGCACGAGAUCAGCAAGGGACAACCCCUACCUUCGCCUGAUAUUAUCCGCUUUGGUCACCGCAAGCCGGUAUACUGGAUAGAUCCAAAGGACUCGGUUAUUUUGGAAGUCAAGGCACGUUCGAUUGAUGUCAGGCCCGAGAAAACCUAUGCGGCUGGCUCCUCUUUGCACAAUAAUUACUGCCGACGAAUCCGAGAGGACAAGACAAACGACGAGUGUAUUACGUUACAGGACUAUUGGGAACUCAAGGCUAAUUAUACGAGAAGCUUGGAAAAGUUUCAAAAUGCCAUUACCAAAAAGAGAACACGACAUUUGAUGGAAACUUUGCAAUCUUUUGAAAACAAAAGUGAGCUUAAGAAGGUUAAAGUUGAAUCUGACUUGUUUCUGAAGUUUGAAUUUUUGAUCAUGAGCGACAAGAAGAGCAUCGAUGGAGAAGUGAUUUCCAUCGAAGAAUUGAAGAAAUUGGUGAAAAAAUACGGCGGCAAAGUUGUCCACCAAGUUGACCCAAUAAAAUCAGACCUGCAAGUGCUUGCGAUUACUGAAAUUGAUUUGCCAGUGGGGAAUAGAUUGCUUGCAAAGGGCAUGGAUCUUGUCAAGCCCGAGUGGAUAUUUGAGUGUGUGCGAAGGAAUCUGAUUGUUCAAAUUGAACCCUACUUUAUAUUUGCCACCCGGAACUGGGACUACUAUUCCAAUAGAGUGGAUCAGUUUGGCGAUUCGUAUGUAUUGCAUACCCCGAUGCUGGAAAUUAUAGCACCUCCCUUGAGCAAAAGUGAGCUUGACACGUUUCGAAAUCAGUUCGAAUGGGAAGAGCCAAGCAAACCUUUGCUCUAUCUUUUCGAAGGAACCCAGUUUCAUGUCGUGGGAACUUCAUUGGCCAGCGAGCUCUUGCGGCAGCGAAUUGAAAGGUUCAACGGGGAGAUUACCGAAAAGUAUGCCGAUGCUGGUUACAUUGUAGUACCCGAAUGGGAGUACCAAAGCAAUAAAGAAUUGACGCAGUUUAGAAUCAACAAGUGCUAUGAAAACAUCGACAAGAACCUUGAAUUUGUCGAUGGCAAGCCCACGCGCAGGAUCCCAUUCACGGUGACUGAGGCGUUUGUUGAAAAAUGUAUCGCAUCAAAUUGUAUCGCAGACCCAGAGGACUACAAGUACUGCUGA